CAGGUGUCGCAGUCAAUCAUCGACAGCAGCUCUCACUUUAUCGCAGACAGAAUGGACUUGGGCGCGCACCUGAGGGAGCGCUACCGCUUUGCUCACUCUGUGAUGAAGCUCUCGGACAAGCUUUCUAGGACUGCGCGCGUCCAGUUGUGCGCUAAUGCAGAGAAGCUGGGAGCGGCCCUUUCCCUGUGGGGGUACCAAAGCGAGGUUUGGUCUAACCAGGACAGUCCGUCCUCCGAGCUGCUGACCAAGGUGGCCUCGCACUUCCUGGAUGGUCUCGGACUGCAAAGCAAGGAUCCAGUCCGCCUGUUCUUUAAGCACCAUGUUGCGUCAAUGGGUGGGCUUUUGGCUACUAUGCAUCGCAUGCUAGCCUCCAUGCGCCGCGCCCUAGAGAAAAGCGCACGUGGCAUCAUCGACAGUCAGCAUGUGGCAUACGAAGGCAACCGCAUCUUGAUCUGUAUUCUGCAGUCUGCGUACAACUACCGCUUCCGCAACGCCGAGCUAUAUGGGCUAGCUGACGAGUCGGAGGAAUCUGGCUCCUGCGAGCGGUGGACCGACACCAUUCUUACCAUUGACAUGUUAGCUGCACGACUGUGCCGCGACAUCUCUGGCCAGCACAGCGCACUGUUCUACAACCGGAUCAAGGAAACAGUGCUUCCAGGCGAUGAGGACGCAGAUGGCAACGCAACCGGCACCAGCGUACUGGAUGAUGCCGUCUCCGUUAGCCUUGCCAAUCUUCCGGACAUGAGCGAAGCAGAUGCACACAAGCCGCUGGCAAACGACGAUCCGUUCACAUCGCCGCUGGCGCUGCUCCACGAGGCCAUUAAUCAGAUCGGUAUGAUGGCUAACUUGUGCCUCCGCGUUUUUGUUGAUCGGCUGAAUCUGCUGCAGGCGACCAGUCCAAACGAGGUGCACGACCUGACUCGGCGGUACGAGGGUGUGCGGUCGCGCAUCCUGCUCCUCCUUGUUCCUCUCGGCCGAGCGUCCACUGCAUUCCGGUUGGCCGAGGAAUACCAGGAUCUGCGGGUCCUGGCUGUCCUGACAUUCACUACCGACACGCAGCGUGCUGCGGAGCGUGUGCGCGUAUAUGUGGGCAUGUUCGGCAAAGAGUUUGCUGGGGCAUUAUUCGAGUACUACGAGCGCCGCGGGGCAUGGGCAAGCCUGCUCAACACGCGCGACGAGUCGUUCGACGCAUGGCUCAAGGAGUACAUUGACGCGCAUCAGCACGGCGUAAUGCCAUUGAUCAGCUGGAUCCACGAUGUCAAGAUGGCCGACUUCGGGAGAGCGGCAGAGAGACUGAUCCGCGCUGGCCGCGAUGCACAGGAGGUCGCUCAGGCACGCACGAUGCUGAGCCUCAGCAAGCUGGCCUUCUUUACCGACGAGAGCCAGGUCUUGAACUGCUUUACCUCUCUGGUCCGUGCCCACACCGAGCUGGCUGAUGACGGCAAAGGAGCUGAGAGUGCUGCAGUGCUGUCAACCACAGCUGAUCCUGCGCCAGCAAUUGCCGGCGCUUUUGUGUAUCGUUCGUGGGACGGCAAGAUGCUGGCUGUUGAGGACUUGAUUGAUGUGCUGACGUUGCCAGACAAUGUGCCGAAUACGUCUGGUGCCGAUAGCAGCGCAUUGGACGAGCACACGAGCGGAUUGGACGAGCGCAGCAGCUUGGCUUUGGACGUGCUCAGCCGAGCCAGCUUCAGCCUGCCCGACCAGGCCUACAAGUCGGCGUUGCGGACAAUCUGGCGCCGUGCCUUCACCAGGGACGACUGGCCAGCGAUCCACGCCAAGCUGCAGGGCGGCCAGGUGCCUGGCAGCGUGCUGCGCGACGUGCUGACCAACACAUACCUCUACCGCAUGCUUGAUGAGGUCUUUGCCGAAGGCUAUGUAAACUAUAUGGCUACGGUGCGUCUGGCCCCGCAGUUCGUCGCCGAGAACGCCAGGAGGCUCGGCCACCCGGUGCCCGUGGCCCCCACCACUCUGCGGACAGCAAUCGACAGUAGCCUGGAUGCAUAUUACUCGGAGGUCAUGCGUAUGGUGGUUGAUGAUGCCGUCCCGGAGCGCCAGCAGGAGCUCCAGCUGCUGCUACAGCAUAUCAUGCCCGCGAAAUGGGCAUUCGGCGACUGAUCUGCCACGAGGACGAUGACCGGAUGGAAGUCGAGGACGCGGCCAACUAGGCACCUUCAGGCUGGGAUUUUUUUUCUAAAACAUUCACUCCUAUUUGGCAAUGCAAU